AUGCCAAAGUGUUCUGAUAUGACUCCACAGGACCUCAAGAUUGUAAGUAACUACGAUAAAGAACGCACGGAACCUAAGUGCCACUAUAUUCUGACGGGGCCCGAUAGGGCCAAACGCCUGCCAGGGUCGCGAGAUUGUCUUAACAGGAUACCGCGGCCCCGGAACGCAAAGGGCGACCGAAGGAACAGGAUUGAAAUACCGGAUGAUGGCGGUGAUACUGAAGUGUGUCCUACGAGUUCAAUGUUUAAUUUAGAAAUUGAAAAGAAAUUCAAAUCUCCUACCACUUCUCUAAGCACGGGGUCAGUUUUGGAUACACCUCGAAAAGUUCGUAUGAAAAGCGAACUUCACAAAUGCCGCAAAAGGUUAACUAGCAAGGAAAAAGUCAUUAACAACUUAAGGAAAAAGAAUUCGAGACUUGUUAAAAAGACUAUUUCACUAAAGAAAUGUUUUAACGAAAAGAUUUAA